AGGACUGAGGACAGGAAGUCCCAUAUUUUAGCGUGGAUGCUAACGGUAAACUAAUAUUUAGCCACACCUCGCAGGUCUAUCUCCCAUAAACAAGAAUGGAUAUAAGUUAACAAUGACUGGAGAGAAAAAGAAGAAAAAGCGGCUAAACCGCAGCAUUCUUCUUGCCAAGAAAAUCAUCAUUAAAGAUGGAGGCACUCCACAGGGGAUUGGAGAGCCCAGUGUCUAUCAUGCGGUGGUGGUUAUCUUCCUGGAGUUCUUCGCCUGGGGACUGCUCACCACUCCCAUGCUUACGGUGUUACAUCAGACAUUCCCCAAGCACACAUUCCUGAUGAAUGGUCUUAUUCAUGGUGUCAAGGGCCUGCUGUCUUUUCUGAGUGCUCCAUUAAUCGGCGCUUUGUCAGACGUGUGGGGCCGGAAGUCCUUCCUGCUGCUCACUGUGUUCUUCACCUGUGCUCCCAUCCCUCUCAUGAAGAUCAGCCCAUGGUGGUACUUUGCAGUGAUCUCCAUGUCCGGUGUGUUUGCGGUCACUUUCUCUGUUAUCUUUGCAUAUGUGGCCGAUAUCACGCAGGAGCAUGAAAGGAUCACAGCCUAUGGCUUGGUAUCAGCCACUUUUGCAGCCAGUCUGGUGACGAGCCCGGCGAUCGGUGCAUACCUGUCAGUGACAUAUGGAGAUACUCUGGUGGUGAUCCUUGCCACGGCCAUUGCCCUGCUAGACAUCUGUUUUAUCCUGGUAGCGGUUCCUGAGUCCUUGCCUGAGAAGAUGAGACCAGCUUCAUGGGGAGCACCAAUCUCAUGGGAGCAGGCAGACCCCUUUGCAUCCUUGCGAAAGGUGGGCCAGGACUCCACGGUUCUCCUGAUCUGCAUCACAGUCUUCCUGUCUUACCUGCCUGAGGCUGGACAAUAUUCCAGUUUCUUUCUGUAUCUCAGACAGGUCAUUGGAUUUACAUCAGAAACAGUCGCUGCCUUCAUUGCGGUUGUGGGAAUCCUGUCCAUCUUGGCUCAGACGGUUGUCCUGGGAAUCCUGAUGCGUUCCAUAGGGAAUAAGAACACUAUCUUGUUAGGCCUUGGCUUUCAGAUCCUGCAGCUGGCCUGGUACGGCUUUGGCUCCCAGCCCUGGAUGAUGUGGGCUGCUGGAGCCGUUGCUGCCAUGUCUAGCAUCACCUUCCCAGCAAUCAGUGCCAUAGUGUCCCGCAACGCAGACCCCGACCAACAAGGUGUGGUGCAGGGAAUGAUCACAGGGAUCCGAGGACUGUGUAACGGUCUGGGUCCAGCCCUCUACGGCUUCGUCUUCUACCUGUUUCACGUGGAGCUCAGUGAAAUGGACCCCGCAGAGAGCCCAGAGAAGGGUGCCAAACCCAACAUGGCCAACCCUACAGAUGAGAGUGCCAUCAUCCCCGGCCCUCCCUUCCUGUUCGGAGCAUGCUCAGUGUUGCUGUCCCUGCUGGUUGCACUCUUCAUCCCAGAGCACAAUGCCCUCAACCUGCGGCCCGGCAGCUAUAAGAAGCACGACAACGGCGCACAAAGCCACUUACACAGUUCACAAGGUGGACCCUGUGAGGGCAAGGAGCCUCUGCUAGAGGACAGCAGUGUAUAACCCCACUGACAAGGAGGGUGGGCAACGGACCCUAAACCUCCUCCCAAUCACCACUCUUACCUUUCCAAACGCACACGAGCAGUGCACCUUUUACACAAGAUGACAUCAGCGUCCUCUCUUGUUUCCCUCUCAGAACGAGCUGUGGGAACUGGUGCAGAUGUUACAAGUGUGGACCUGGGCCAACCGGGAGCUGACCUUGGCCUUGAGGAACAGGAAGUGGAGCUUGAGACAUUUAGCCUUGCACAAGUGUAGGGAAAUGCGAGCAGACCCAGAUUUGUGCUGAUACAGUCUUUUACUGCUACGUAGAUAAUUUCAGAAUUUCAACAUCAAUUAUAGAAAUGUUCCUUGUCCAAAGACCUUGUAACUGUAGCAAUAGCGAACGUGUCUGUCGUGACCUUACAGGCUAACUUUUGAUGUGCUGCUUUCUACUGGUUCUUCUUGGUUUUGUACUACAGAUAGAAAAGAGCUUCUGGGGAAGAGCAUCUUGUCUUUGAAUCCUAGAGGAAACGCCACCAAGAAAUGUAAGAAAGAAGGUAAUCGGCAUUGGUAUCAUGACCCUUCAACCUACAUUUGUUGUUCUACAUCAGAUGAAAUGGUUUGUACUUCCUCUCCUUUGCUCUUAUGAUUAUAAGAGGUCUGUCAUAAUUCAUGCAGGGGGAAUAAAAGUUGCCUUCAAGUGACUUUCAAUCACAAUUACCAAACCUAGAUGAAGACUACGGUCUGAGAAAGGGCAGUCGUAUCGCUCCUGUUGGAACCUGCUCAUAUUUCAUUCUCAUUUAUCGUCCGCCUCGCCGCCAAAACUCCCUGUGGACGUCAACACUGCCAUGUUACAGCAGGCUAGCAGGGAUACAAGCUUACAGACCGCAAGCCUAGUUUUCAUAUUACCGCAAACACUGAUGUGGGUGGAAUAGCUUACACGUUAUUAAAUGAGCGUCGCUAGAUCCAGUGGAUUAAUAUCACACAUGCUGCUACUGUAGGAUGUACAAGGUUACAACGUUCUGUGGUAUUGUGCUAGACUCUAAACGUGGUAUUUCUUUUAGAGCUGAGCUUUCUUGGCGUGUCGUAAUUUUAGACCCCAAAUUUUGUGGCCGAUUUAUAUUUGCAGUGUAUUUUCUUUCUGGUAAGACAGACUUUGAAUACUUUUAUCCGAUCUCAACAUGAACAUUGAUUUUCCAGAGAAGCCUCAAGUGCAUUCAGAAUAUUUAUUUAGAUUUUAUUUUUUUUACCAGUCUCUAGGUUUUGUUUAUUUGGUUUUAGGUGCCAUACCUAUGACUUUAUUUCUGUCAAAUCCACAAGAUGUUCCACAGGCUUAGUCAUUGUAACUUGUUUUUAGCUCACAUUUGGACCUUUUAUGUUCUCUUACAGCAUUGAAAACCAUUAACAUCGACUGAAAAGGUUUUUCCCUUAUUUUGCAUUUAUCUGUAUGACCAAACUUGAAUGGAAUUCUUUAUCAUAGAUCCUAGCAAGGAACAGAGGCAAUGGUUAUCAUCCUGUUUUGUACAUGCAUAAUUACUUCUCUCCAGCCACUAGCCACUAACUUGCAAAGAAAUCUGGUGUUUGCCUCAGAAAAAGCCAAUUAAUUUGUGCCUAAAAUUUGCUCAAAAAGAAUAGAAACCUUAUAUGUGAAUGACCUGGCUGUAAAUAUUAGGAACUAAUGAGAAACUAUUUAUUAAAAGUUUAUUGAUAUUGA